CCCUGAGCAAUGAAGUGAAGUGCACUCUCGGCUGCUGUUCCGAACGCUUGGACGCAAAGCGCGUCAUCUCGCAUAAGAACUGUCCAAAGCUCAAUAAAGAUCAAAGGCAUUGUUCCCUGCAACUUCACCAUUCGCUCCAAUGGCGCCGUCAAGGGCAUUGUUCGGUCCUGCGCGGAUUGCUGUCCGUCAAUUCCACCAUCCAUCGUACAAUACUCGGCAGAUCCGUGGAAUCUCAGCGUACGGCUACGAACAAGCCAAAUGCCUCGUAUUCGACAAUCACGGAGAACCCAAGAACGUCCUGCGCCUGCACGGCCACUCCAUCAGUCCUCCCCAUCGCGACCUCGUCACCGUCCGCUUCCUCGCGUCGCCCAUCAACCCUGCAGACAUCAAUCAAAUCCAGGGCGUCUAUCCUACAAAACCCACCUGGACUACCGCAUUGGGGACGAGCGAACCCAUCGCUGUGGGAGGCAAUGAGGGCGUGGCCGAGGUCCUGUCCGUCGGGAGCGGCGUGAAAGAAGUCCAAAAGGGCGAUUGGGUCAUCAUGAGGAAGCAAGGAUUUGGAACAUGGCGAACCCACGCGCAGACUACGAUGGACUACCUUUCGCCCAUCAGGAACAAAGACGGCUUGAAGCCGGAACAAGUCGGCACUGUGUCGGUCAACCCUUGUACGGCAUAUCGCAUGUUGAAAGACUUUGUCGAUCUUCAUCCCGGGCAAUGGUUCAUACAGAAUGGGGCGAAUUCGGGUGUUGGUCGAGCUGCGAUCCAGCUGGGAAAGCUGUGGGGUUACAAGAGCAUCAACGUUGUUCGGAAACGAGACACUGGAAUGGAAGAGUUGAAAGCUGACUUGCAGGGCUUGGGAGCAGAUGUCGUGGUGACUGAUGAGGAAGUCGAGAAGAAGGAGUUCCGCGACAAGAUCAAGGAGCUGACCAAUGGCGGACGCGAGCCUGUGCGAUUGGGAUUGAACUGUGUUGGAGGCUCCCUCGUCAACAGCAUGGCCAAGCAGCUGGCACCAGGCUCGCACAUGGUCACCUACGGCGCCAUGUCGAAACAGCCCGUCUCGCUGCCACUGAGCAUCAUGAUCUUCAAGCAAGUCGCCUUUGACGGCUUCUGGGUGAGCAAGUGGGCGGAGCAGAAGCCGGAUGAAAAGGAUGCAUGCGUGCAGGAGAUUCUCGAUCUGACGAGGGAAGGGAAGUUCAAGGAUGUUCCAAUGGAUCGUUUGACGUGGGACUUCAAUUCGAAGCAGGAGGAGCUGGUCAAGGCUGUUGCUGGAACGCUCGAAGGCUUCAGAAGCGGCAAGGGUAUCUUUGUCUUCGGCGAGACCUGACGCUCGGGGAGAUGGAGCGAGCAGCGUAAUAAGACGCUCAAUAUGUUAAAUACGAUCAGAAUGAAUUUCCACCCUUGCGUACUGAAGGUCUAGCGGUGGCACG